GGGAAAAUGUGGUGGCAUAGAUUGGCGUGACUCGUAGGCAUUGGAUGGACACUGGACUUGUUACAAGGCGAAGCCUCGCUGCCCGCGGGAAACUCAAAAUCGGCUGUUUCUACAGAGAGCAAAUGAUGGACCUCCUUUCUUGAACUCUCAGCUGAACCUCUUUCACGUUCUUAUUUUUAGAAUUCCUUGCCUCCCAGGACACCCGCCAAAAUCUCGUGGCUUGCAGAUCGAAACGCUUUCGCAGAAGCCCGCGCCUCUCCCUUUAACACUCCACCGGCGAAGACCCGAAUGCACGCUACUUUCUUGCGGCUCCACGCCUUGAUCCUAACUCCGGUUAGAGGGGAACCCUGGAAUCGAGAAAGUGGCGUCGCGGGCCGCGCCAAAGCCGCAUUAGAGCUUUCCCCGAAUCCCCCGGCGCCCCGAACGGGGAGCCGAGUCUUGCCAGAUCCGGAUACGAAGUGAAUAACGACGUCAUGAACAUGCCUUUUCAAGGACGUUGGUCGGUCCUCAUUCAGCCGACAACUCAACCAACGUUACGUGACCUCGUUU